GUCUCAGGUUGGCUGUUCCUGGCUGAGCCCGCGGCAACCCCGGCGGCGGCCGGAGCCAGAUGCUCGCGGGCUCUGUGGGUUUCAGGCGUUUUCCUCAGUGGUGCAGCGCCAACUCUCUCCCGCCGGAUAGGGAGACCUGGCGGCGCUCUGCUCGAGAACUCGUAUCUCAGCCUCCGAGCUCCUCCGGAGAAAGCCAAGUGCCACCAGGUGAAGUCGGUGUCCCAGAACAGCCCCGGAACCUCUGCCGCCAGAUUGCACCUUUUGAGAACCGCGACCGCCGAGCGUUUUCCAGCGCCUGCAACGCAAGGCGCGCGGGGACAGUUGGGUCCACUACGUGGGAAGGGGCGACUAGGACACUGAUGAUGGAUGCACAGACCUGGCGCGCGGGAUGUUGCUGUCUCCUCCUUCUGGCUCUCGUUGGGUCUACUCGGAGCGAGGGCGUGCAGAGCUGCGAAGAAGUUCGGAAACUUUUCCAGUGGCGCCUGGUGGGAGCUGUCAAGGGGCUGCCGGAUUCGCCGCGGGCAGGACCUGAUCUACAGGUUUGCAUAUCCAAAAAACCUACCUGUUGCACCAGGAAGAUGGAGGAGAGAUACCAGACUGCAGCUCGCCAAGAUAUGCAGGAAGUUCUUCAAUCAUCCAGCUCCACAUUAAAGUUUCUAAUAUCGCGAAAUGCUGCUGCUUUUCAAGAAACCCUCGAAAAUCUCAUCAGACAAGCAGAGAAUUACACCAGUAUCUUCUUCUGCAACAGCUACAGAAAUAUGGCCUUAGAGGCUACAGCUUCAGUUCAGGAGUUCUUCACUGAUGUGGGGCUCUAUUUGUUUGGCGCAGAUGUUCAUCCUGAAGAAUUUGUAAACAGAUUCUUUGACGGUCUUUUCCCUCUGGUCUACAAUCACCUCAUUAGCCCUGGUGUGACGGACAGUUCCCUGGAAUACUCAGAAUGCAUCCGGAUGGCUCGCCGGGAUGUUAGUCCCUUUGGUAAUAUUCCCCAAAGAGUGAUGGGGCAGAUGGGGAGAUCGCUGCUGCCUAGCCGCACAUUUCUGCAGGCACUGAAUCUGGGCAUUGAAGUCAUCAAUACCACAGACCAUUUACACUUCUCCAGAGAGUGCAGCAGAGCCGUCCUGAGGAUGCAGUACUGCCCUCACUGCCAGGGCCUGACUCUCAGCAAGCCUUGCAUGGGGUACUGCCUCAACGUCAUGAGAGGCUGCUUGGCACACAUGGCAGAGCUGAAUCCACACUGGCAUGCCUACAUCCGGUCAUUGGGAGAGCUGUCGGAUGCCAUGCAUGGAACAUACGACAUUGAACAUGUGCUCCUGAACUUCCACUUGCUUGUUAAUGAUGCCGUGAUGCAGGCUCACCUGGAUGCACAAAAGUUAUCGGAGCAGAUCAAUAAGAUUUGUGGCCGUCCAAUCAGAACACCUACACAAAGCCCCCGUUGUUCUUUUGAGGGAAGCAAAGAGAAGCAUGGGAUGAAGAUCUCUCCAAGAAAUGGUGAAGAGACACUUGCCAACAGAAGAAAGGAAUUUAUCAACAGCCUUCGACUGUACAGGACGUUCUAUGGAGGCCUGGCUGAUGAGCUCUGCGUUAAUGAAUUAGCUGCUGCCGAUGGACUACCAUGCUGGGACGGGGAGCAUAUAGUAAAAAGCUAUACUCAGCGUGUGGUUGGAAAUGGAAUCAAAGCCCAAUCUGGAAAUCCCGAAGUCAAAGUCAGAGGAACUGAUCCUGUGAUAAAUCAAAUUAUUGAUAAACUAAAGCACGUUAUUCAGUUGUUGCAGGGUAGGUCACCCAAGCCCAACAAGUGGGAACUGCAGAUGGGCAGUGGCGGAGGCAUGGCUGAACAGGUCAGCGGGGAGUGUGAUGAUGAAGACGGUUGUGGGGGAUCGGGAAGUGGAGAAGUCAAGAGGACGCUGAAAAUCACGGACUGGAUGCCAGAGGAGAUGAACCUCAGUGAUGUAAAGCAGAUCCAUCAGACAGGCGGAAGUAGUACUUUAGAUACAGCUGGAUCAGGAUGUUCAGCAGCGACUGAUUCCAUCGCAUUUAUGCUGAUGGGUGCGGUGAUGUUACUUCCUUGGCUUUAGUAACUGAACCCUUCCACCCUGACACACCUGUCUUAUUGGUAUCUUGAUUUCCCCCCAUCUUCAUCUGACUGGAAUAAAAAAUCUUUUCGAAUGUAACAAUUAUAUUUAUGAAAAGGUAUGUCACACUAACUUCUUAUAAGCCAAGGGGGAACGUUCACAAAUUAUCUAAAAAUGAUAGACUGUUUGAAAACAUGUCUUCUAUGAUUCUAACUUAAAUCUUCUUAAAUUCUAACACAUUAAACCUGCAAAUGUGAAGAGCACAGAAGUGACUUUGAAUAAGAAGGAUUCAGUAUACCUGUAAUUUUGCCAUCUUUGAUUCUUAUCCCUUUUAUCAAAGAAAAAUGUCUUAAAUGGAAAGUAUAUUUGCAGAACAAUAAAAACAAUACAUAGUGUUUCUUAAAAUACUGGAAUUAGAAUUCCAUUAAAUGAAUCAAAACAAAUGAUGGCAAGUAGUAUGCAUGAAUUUUCAAGAGAUUCUUCCAUUUUUGCAAGCUAUAUGAAGAAAUUACUUGAAGUCUGUAAGUUAUAGAGUAGAUUGUUGAGGAGCAUUUCAUGUAAUUUCAUUGAAGAAGCUUGAUAAGUUUUAUCCACUGUAACUUAGCCACUGACAAACCUUAAGCUGAGUAUUUUGGUAGCAUCUGAUCUAUAGUCUAUUAUAUUCAAAGUGCAUCUUUGGUAUUGUGGCUUCGCUCCCUCUCUUUGCCAAAUGGAUUUAGCCAUGUUGCAAACACACACCUGCUCUGGGAAUAUCUCUAAGAAAGCCAUUAAUUAUUUAGUAGAAAGUUUGAAAAAUGAUAUAUUCAUCCAUUCUCAAAAUAUUCUUUGCUAUUUUUUUAAUCUUGAUAUUAACCAAUUGACUAUCUGUACAUUUCUAAGGUUCCUAUGAAAACCUAAAGGCAUGUACUAAUACAGAAAAUGUAGCUUACAAUACUUCAGCUCUUUUUCCAUUUGCACAUUAGCAGAACUGCUAAUCCACAGUCCUUGAUUUCCCAGUUGUGAUAAGAUGCCUCAGCAGGCACCAAUUAGCAUAGGUCUAUCAUUAUACUUAAGAAGGAAGAGAUAAGUCAGAUUUUAUUAAGAAGCAUCAUGUCCAGUUGACAGCCAAAAAUAUUAUUACAAAGUGACAAUAGGAAAGAGAAGUGCUAAAUUUGUAAAAAUGUUUAAAAAUCAAAAGGAUUUGAAAUGACCUCUGAGAAGAAGUCAAAGAGGACUCAAUCGACAGCAAAUAUUUGCAAGGCGAAAUCAAUCUCUCCAAAUCAGGAAAUAUUACAUGAUCAAACCAUGUUCUCUCCUGGGUUCUAAGUUAACUGAAUGAUCUGACAAUGGUCAAUUUAAACUAUGAUAUGUUUAAACUGCCAAAUCAUAUUUUAUUGUCUGUUUAAACAUACCUCAGAGCUGUGUUACUCCACCUGCCAAUUCUGGCUGUCAUUUUCCUAGGCUUUCAUUCCAAAUCAUAAUAUUUAUUCCAUGAUCUACUUGGUUUGUAACUCAUUUGCACCACCAUGCUCCACAAAUUAUAAACUUAAACAUAUAUUUGGCCACUCUUUAUUUAAGCUCAGCUCAUUAUUUAAACAACUCAAACAGGUAAUAUGAAGUCACCCAUUUGUGACACUUCAGCCCAAGUCAUGACUGGUUUGCUCUGGCAAGACUUCUGCCCCAACCUUAUCGGAAUUUGGAAGACAAAUUUAAGGGAUGUUUCAGCAGACUAAGAUGUUUCUGGAUUAAAUUCCAUCAUAGGAGGUAAUUUUAGAUAUGGCAGGAAAUGGAGAAAAGCAGAGUGGUUACAAAGUCAGUAGUAUGAAUGAAUAUUUUUUAUCAGCUAAAUUUUACAUACUCAAAUGGGUGUUGUCUACCUCCAGGCAGGCACUUUGGAGACCAUAUGUAUCACAGGAGUGCUACUCUAGCUUCAACUAUGUGGAGGCUUUCAGAAUUCCUUUAAGAACCUGAGGCAUAUUUUCUAAUAUUCUCAAUGAGGAUAUUCAUUCUUUAAUAUUCUACUCCAUAGCACUGUACCUUGGCACAGGUCUUUAUAAUUUAAAAAGCUCGUUCAGAUGGAAUGGAAUAUCACAUUUGACCUUUCUCAGCCCUCAAAGAUGGGCUCAAUUUUUAGCCAAAUAAAAACAGAAAUAUUUGAGGUUUGUGGUGUUUUUUUAAAUAUGACUCAGAAUUUGUAUCUGGAGAGUUUUCCUAAGUCUAAAACACUUUGAACAAUGGUAAGAUUGUUAGACUAUGUGUCUACUUUCUCAGAUGACUAAAAGGAUAACAUUCAAGUGAAUAUACAGAUUUUAAAAUAUCACUUGCUUUAUAGUCACAUAUUAUGCUUUGAUCAUUGAAACAAAGGCUUUUUCUUGAAUUUGAGUUAUUUUUAUAUAAAUUUAAGUGAUCCUAGAACAAUCUAGUGUUUUACAUGUAUUAGGGAAUAAUCAGUGAACAAUCUGAGCUAACAUUUACAUGGCCCUUCCUCUCUACAGCACCACGAUCAGUGCUUCUGUACAGUCUCCUUUGGUCCUCCCCAAAACAUUAUCACCUCUACUGUACCAAGGAGAAAACUGAAGCAUACAAACAUUAUAUAAUUUGUCUGGUGUCAUACAACUCAUCACAGUAGAAUCCAAUGGGCAAACAUAAUGUCUCUGAACUGCAUACAUUCCUGGUUCAAAGAUAGGAUCACUCUGUAAUAGUAGUAAAUCUUCAAACUAGGAUUUAGAAAACAAAUACAAUUGACUAUAUAAUUAUAAUUGUAAAAUUAUCAAACUACAUAUUAAUGCAAAAGCAUCAAGAAAAGGAAAUGUAAACAUGAACUUUUUUCAUUACCAGUCAUUGCCCUCCCACAUGUGGAAAUCUCAUUUGAACACAACAACCCCCAAGAUAAAUCAGCUGCCAAAAAUGAGAAAAAAAAUACACAAAUUUUACAACUAUCAUGGAAUCGUGAAAUUUCUGUGAAACUGAAGGGUAUAAAGUAUUUCUUUGGCCACAAGGCACAGAAUGGCAUAAAAAAAUAGGAAGGGCAGAAUGUUAUUUUUAAGGUCCUAGAUUUGCCUUUUUAUCCUCUAUUUGUUCAGGAAUGUUUUAUCAAUGAAAUAACGUCUGGAGUGUUCUCUUGUUAUUAAAGGAUAGAAGUUAAUAAGCUAUUUCCUCCCGAACAGAUUUCUGAAGUGCUCAGUGAUGAUGCUUUGAAAAGGAUUCAAUUGGUUUAUUGCUAAUUGUUUUCAAUCACUUAAAAUAUUGUUUCUAUCAUCAUAGCUCUUCAGGUACAAUAAAAAUUGUUUCUUCUUGAAUGAAUGAAUUCAAUCUAGACUUCUGUUAUUCUAUGAGACAUUCACAGGGCAGUCUGUGAUAUCAGUAUUUCUUUAUGUUGCAAACUUUAGUAUCCUAUAUAAUUACAUGGGUUGUAUGAAAUUUCAGAAAUAAUUCUUAAUGUUGUUAGGUAUGACUUUGAGCAUAUCAAGUUUUUCUUUAAGUGAAGAUUGUUGUGUAUUAAUUAUUUCUGAUUAAAAUACAGAUAAAACAGUU